AGCGACCAACGUUUUAGGAGAUUCAACACAAAAAUGCCUGGUUCAAGUCCUCGUCUGCUUGAUGAUAGUCUUAAAUCGGACAUAGCAAACAUCAUCGUGAACGAUUUGGUUACGAGUGCUGUAGAUGAAAUCGACGAGUUGAAGGAUCUGGCAGGUAGACUCUCUUUUUCUAGAAAAGAAGAGCAGACAAUUUCGAAACCAUUGCAAAAUCUGUUCGAGCAACUGGAUGAUACGUAUGAAGAUCUUCUUUCAAUCGAAAAGGUAGAUCUGAUAUUUUGUGCUGUUACAAAUGUAAGUGGUGUCAAAUUUCUAAAAGAAAUUCUUAUAGCGGCUGACACACCACGAAAGGAACCGCCUCCGCAGCCUUCUACAGAGGAUGCGAAAGAGAGUCGACUUGCAGAGUUGAAUCAAGUCUUGCAAUCAGACAAAUGGGUGAAGGCGAAAGUAAAUCAGUUUAUAUUUAUGGUCACAUUUACCUCUUAUUAA